AUGGAUGCUCAAUUUGAGCGUCGUCUACUUCUAUCAAUGAAUGGUCGAAAUUCUCUAUCAUCAUAUAUAAGUCCAAUACAAUCACCAAUAAAAACAAGUGAUCGAUAUAUUCCACUUCGAUCUUCUCUAUCAGCAUCAGAUCUUCAUUAUUCAUUAAAUACAUCAUUAUUAUCAUCACCUAUUAAAAAAUGUAAAUAUGAAUUAAAUGAAAUAGGUCUUAAUUCAGGUAUAACAGCAAGUGAACCAGAUUUACUUGUUUAUGAACAAUUAUUACAAAAUACAUUAUUAAAUACAAAUAUUGAUUCAAUAUUAAAAAUUUCUGAUGUACAAAAUACAAAUAAUGAUAAUUUAAAAACAGUAGUAACACCUAAUAAAACUAUAAUUAGUAAAGAAAAUUCAUCAAUAUUUCGUUAUUCUGAACGUCAAGAUAAUAUUCCAUGUAAAUCAAAUUUAAUUACAAAACAACAUUUUAAUCGUUCACCUAUAUCAAAUGCAUCAAUACAUUUACUUUAUUCACCAAAACGAAAAAUUCGUCAUAUACCUGAACUUCCAUAUAAAGUUUUAGAUGCACCUGAUUUACAAGAUGAUUUUUAUUUAAAUUUAAUUGAUUGGUCAUCAUCAAAUAUUCUUAGUGUAGCUUUAGGAUCAUGUGUUUAUUUACAUUAUGCUCAAACAAAUAAUGUUCAAUUGUUAUGUGAUCUUACACAUUCACAAUUACCAAUAUCUAAUAAUAAUCGUGUGAAUAUUAUUGGUUCAGAUAUAGUAACAUCAGUUAAUUGGUCAGAUUGGUCAAAUAUAUUAGCUGUUGGUACUCAACGUGGUCAUAUACAUAUAUAUGAUGUAACAACUCGAAAACGUAUACAAUCAAUAUGUAAACAUACAAAUCGUGUUGGUGUACUUGCAUGGAAUGAUUGGUCAUUAUGUUCAGGUUCACGUGAUCGAUCAAUAUUAGAACAUGAUAUACGUCAACAGUCAAUAAUUCAUCAUUUUUAUGGUCAUACACAAGAAGUUUGUGGUCUUAAAUGGUCACCCGAUAAAUCUAUACUUGCUAGUGGUGGAAAUGAUAAUCGUUUAUUUCUUUGGUCAAAAAGUCAAUCAUCACAACCAUUACAUUCAUUUAAAGAUCAUAUAGCUGCUGUUAAAGCUAUAGCAUGGUCACCACAUCAACAUGGUCUAUUAGCAUCUGGUGGUGGUGCAGCUGAUCGACAUAUACGUUUUCGUUCAUCAUUAACAUGUCAAACAUCAAGUAUAUAUGAUACUGGUUCUCAAGUAUGUCAAUUAUUAUGGUCAAAAAAUUCUCUAAAUGAACUUGCAUCAACACAUGGUGUAACACAAAAUCAUAUUAUUAUUUGGAAAUAUCCAACAAUGGAACCAUUAGCAAAAUUAGAAGGUCAUCGACAACGUGUUUUAUAUUUAGCAAUGAGUCCAGAUGGUGAAUCAAUUGUAACAGGUUCUGGUGAUGAAACACUUCGUUUUUGGAAUGUAUUUGCUAAAGCAAAAUCUACACGAAAUCCAGAUUCAAAAUUUAAUGGACUCUAUCAAAUGCGAUAA